AUGGCUUUGACUAGCUCACCAGAGCGCCUUCUGAAACAAUGGUUUCCACACACAACAACCCCAUUCAUCGCGAAUGCACCGAUGCUCGGAUUUACUGACUGCCGCUUGGCAGGUGCCGUCACCAGAGCGGGUGGAUUAGGCUUCAUUGGCGGCGGCUUCAAUUUCGAACCUGGGUCAACCCAGCUCGCGAAUCUCGAUGCGCGCUUGACACAGGCGCGUGCAGAGCUUGAAAUUAAUGGCUCAGCCCUUGGGCUCCCUAUCGGCAUUGGUUUUGUCACGUUUACCCCUACUGGAUUCGAAGAAAAUGCCGUCGCCAUCCUCGAAAAGCAUCGGGUCACCGCGGUCUGGCUGGCAUUCCCUAAAUCAGACGCUGACCAUCAACCUUUAAUCGAGGCGAUUCGCAAAGUCCAGGGUAAGGGCCAUUGGGAUGUGAAGAUUUUUGUGCAAGUGGGUACUGUCGAAGCUGCGAAACAAGCUUUGGCGCAGGGGGUUGAUGUCCUGGUUGUCCAAGGUGUUGAUGCGGGUGGACACCAGUGGGCUCAGGGGAGUGCAAGAGCAAACAACGUUGCUAUCAUGGCUGCUGGUGGUAUUGUGGAUGCACGAGGAUGUGUGGCUGCCCUGGGUUUAGUAACCUACGCAGGCGCCGAUGGCAUUGUUAUGGGGACGAGGUUCAUCGCUACCUCCGAAUGUCCUGCUCCCCUCUCUAUGAAAGAGUCGAUCCUAGCUGCCACCGACGGUGGUGUCGCAACCAUCAAGACGACCAAGCACGACGUUUUCCAAUCUACCGACGUGUUUCCUAGGCAGUAUGAUGGACGAGCUAUCAUUGGGAUCAGCUACAAUGAGUCGAAUGGAGGCGCUAGUGAUGAAGAGAUCAUUCAAAGGUAUAACGAGGCUAGAGAGAAGGGAGAUGAUCAGAGACGCACAGUGUGGGCAGGCACGGGAAUUGGAAUUAUUAAAAAGAUUGUAUCUGUUGAGGAGUUGAUCAAGGGUAUUCAACAAGAAGCAAAACUGACCGUUGCAAGAAUUGCGGAGAGAAUCUAA